AUGGCGAGAAUUUCGAAAAUGUAAAUAAUUUCAAUCAAUGUAAAUAAUUUCAAUAAAAGACGAAGAACAAAUGUAAUAUAUAGCAGUUCAGAAUCGGAAACAGAAUUAAUUGAAGAAUCCAAUGACACGAAUUGUGAUAUAACAUGGACGAAAAAAAAUUUUGUACCAAAAAUUCAUCAAUUUAUCUCAAAAAGUUCGGGAAUCGCUAAACAAAUACGCAGAUCAUCCAAUCAUUACUUUCAAUUAUUUGAAUUAGAAAUAAUUGUAUAUGAGACGAACUAUUAUUGGGCUGAACAAAGUUAUAACAACGUGAAUACUCUCGAAAUAACGACGCUAAACGAAUUGUACUGUUUCUUCGCCAUGUUGUUACUGAUGACACGCAACAAAAAACUAUCACUAAAAGAGUACUGGAGCACAGAUCAUUUUUUACAGAGCGAUAUUUUUAGAACAAUAAUGACCAGAGACCGUUGCUUUCUGUUGUUACGAAUGAUACAUUUCUCGCAUGAACCUGGACGUAUCGGUGAUCGCCUAACAAAAAUAAUAAACAUAAUCGAUAUGUUGCGAAAAUCAUUCAAUGCAGCAUUUCAGCCUUAUCAAAAACUCUGUAUAGACGAAAGUUUACUUUUAUACAAAGGCCGCCUAUCUUUCAAGCAGUAUAUUCCGUCAAAAAGAAACAGAUUUGGUAUAAACUCGUUUAUUCUUUGCGAUUGCAAAAUCGGAUAUGUGCAAGACAUAAUAGUUCAUACUGGAUCAUCUACAAUUCCGGAUAGCGAAACCAAGGAAAUUGGAAAAUCGGGAGCAAUCGUUUUAGCACUUUUGAAGCCGUACUUAGGAAAGGGCCAUACCCUUUUUAUUCCAGCAUUAUUUAACUUAUUAUACAGCAAGUGUACAAAUGUAUGCGGGACUGUAAGAAGAAGACGACAAGGAAUGCUAAAGAUUGAUGAUCAAUUGAAAAAAAGGAGAAGCAUCUUUUCGUUCUUCGAAAAAUUUUGUAGAUUUUAUGACAGUAUCCAGAUAUGGAGGAAAACAGAUUCUGCAAAAGCCUGUAUGUAUUACAAUAAUUCAGUGGGUAUAGUAGAUAAAGUGAACAUGGUAAUAAGUACUGUCGAUUCAAAGUGUAAAUCGUUGAAAUGGUACCGGGAACUUUUUUUCCAUCUAAUUGAUAUUUGUGUGUGGAACGCGUAUUGUCUUUAUAAGCACAAAAGGAAAGAAACCAUACCUAUGGCGAUAUUCUGA